AUGGCAAGCCAAGGUACCAAACGUACAGUCGAGAGACUUUCUGCAGCACCCUCGACUCCUGCAAAGCGGAUAUCCAGGUUGAGCAGCCAAGCGACCUUGAUCUGCGAGUCCGGAGAGGUGUUCCUAAGGCCACCUGGCUGGGAUGGUACCGACUGGGAGCCCGACCAUCGGGGAGACCUGGCGUCUCUUCCCGAGGUGUUCGCUUCAGAACACCGAGAGCCACCUAUCCAGGGUGCGGAGGACGACGGCGUGGAAGACUGUCAUCCGUCCUGGAGAGUGUGCUAUGUCGGCGACCAGAAGCAGCUGGCCAACGUCAACAAGAUGACUCGCAAAGAGGUGAAAGCCCUUAAUCGGGAGAUCCCCUGGCGAGAAAUCUUGAAGCAGCCGCGUGUGGUUUUCGACAAGUACGUCGAAGCCGCUCGCAAGGAGCACGAGCAAUGGGGCACUUGGGCACCAGUCCGACCCCUUAGUGACAAAGAAGCCAACGAGGUCCUCAAGGACCCGCUUCUGAGAACCCGCGUUCUCAAGUCACGCGCGUGCUACCGCGACAAAGCGUGCGGCCAAGGCGCUUUGCAGGCCAAGUGCCGUGUGGUGGUCCUUGGUCACCGUGAUCCCGACCUUCACGCGAUCAGCAGGGACGCACCAACGCCGACGCGCCUCACAGAACACAUCCUCCUCGCGGUGUAUAUUAGCGGACGAAACCGUUCGUUUUUACGGAACCGCCGAGUGUGGAGACUCUGGAGCGCUGAUGCCACCACGGCAUUCCUCCAAGGGAGGCAGAAUGAAGGAGAGCGACCAAAUCGCCUCUUCAUGAUGUCUCCGAGAGACCCAAUACUGGAGAAGGCCGGAGCCUUCCCCGCCACCAUCUACGAGGUCACUGGAUCCGUUUAUGGUUUGGCGAACGCGCCACGCUUGUGGUCUCUCGAGGUAGGCAAGCGACUACUCGCGGCCGGGUUUCGACCUCACGCCCUUGACCGGAUGUGCUUCCUGCACUACGACAAGGAAGGCUGUUUGGACUGCAUAGCGUUGGUGUACGUGGACGACUUUUUAGUCACUUAUGCCGACCACUUUGAUUUGACGGUGCUGACGCGCCUCUUCAAGUGGGGCAAAACCUCCUUCGACACCGACGUUAUAACCUUCAAAGGGAAGCAGCUCCGGACGGUCAAGGAGAAUGGUGUUUUCGUCCUCCGGGUGACGCAAUCGGAGUACAUCCGUACCCUUGCCCCCGGGAAGGUGACUCGCCAACGAGGCCGUGAAGACCCGAAGCUGACUGAAGCUGAGCUUUCGGAGUUCCGCUCCGUCUGUGGAGCACUCCAAUGGCUCGUGGGACAGACGCGUCCUGACGGUGCUGCUACGGUUUCUUUGAUGAACCGCGGCAACGACUCCACCCUCAGUGAGCUCAAGCAGCUGUACGCCCUGUCGGAGUACUUCGCUCGUACACACAGCGAUGGGCUGGUCUUCCACGGGAUCCCCAUCAACGAGCACAGCAUCAUCGUGAGCUACGGUGACUGCUCAUGGGCGAAUGCCCAGGAGUACAAAAGCCAAGAAGGCCUCCUUGUGUGUCUCACGACACCGGACGCGCUGACAGGCAAUGCCCCCGCCGUGCUUCUUGACUGGAAGAGCACCCGCACUCCACGUGUGGUGCGCUCCACUCUGGCUGGUGAGGCAUACGCCGCAGAUGACUCGAUCGAUAGGGGCGUCCUGGCAAACCAGAUGUUCUCUGAGAUCAUUUUCGGGUGUGAAGCUAACCCCGUCACCAAUCUCAAGACACUGCGUCACUGCCACGCCACUGAUUGUAAGUCUCUGUACGACGCCGCCAUCGCCGCUAACUUCAACACUGAAGAAAACCGCGUUGGCCUGGCGAUCAGGGCUGUUCAGGAAACCAUUGCCCCUCAAGACAUGCGCUGGGUUCCUACGACCGCCAUGUGGGCAGAUGGUCUGACUAAAGUCUCUGACAGUCUGCGCGAGACCUUCCGCAACUGGCUCCGACAGCCAACGGUUCAGCUGAGGUCCGACGCCUGA